UAGAUGGACGCAAUUCAUACUGAGAGAGGAAAAAACAACCCCCACCCCACCUACACACACACACACACACAUUUCCCCCCUGCUUAUUGUAGAGGGACCUUUUAAUCCCUUUUGGGAGUUGCUGACAUGGGCUGUCUCUUUCAAAUUGGCUCUUUCUGGGCUGCCCCGCACUCUGAGGACACGCGCAAAUCUUUCCGAGCCCCGGCCUCGGUGCCUGCAAGAACACAAUGGAACCAUCCUACAGCCUGAACCCGCACCUUCCUCCGCGGCACAGCUCGCCAGCCGCAUUCAGUAAACUCAAACAUCUAUAGAGUGUCCUUUGCAUGCAGACCAUGACUGAAAGUGACCGUGAGCUCUCUGCUAUAGUGCAGAAACUCUGGGACAAUGAUAUCAAUCGUCUGAGACCUGGGACAGACUAUCGCAUAUCCCUGCAAGGUAAAGCUGGCAACCUGUCGAGCAUGAAUGUUGGGGACUAUGCUGUUGGCUCUCCUUUGUUCACAUAUGUCGACGAAACCAUCUUCAAAAAAGAGACUUUCUUAGCAUUUAUUUCACUCUUGGACAAUUAUGAGAGCAAUACUGGUGAACCAGAGGUUGUGACCCCUGAGGAGGAAGCAGAGAAUCACAAAUUUCUGGACUCCAUUAUAAAGACCCCUGUACUAAAGAUUGUCCACAAAUAUUUAGUGGGCAAGAACAAGUCCCCAGAGGAGACGACAGCCUUCAAGGAGCAGCUGUAUCGCAUCUGGUUUGAACUCUAUGCUCGCAAAGGAUCCAGCAGACCAGACUCUUCAGGAUUUGAGCACGUCUUUGUAGGUGAAACCAGAGGUGGAUGCACUAUUGGAUUCCACAACUGGAUUCAGUUGUACUUGCAAGAGAAGCUUGGACAUAUUAACUACAAAGGCUACACUGUAAAUGCACACUCCACCCUGCCAGAUGAGAACAAACACAUCCUGGCUCUGCACUUCAGCUGGAAGAACGGCAUCAAGCCGAGAGGGAGCAUUUUCAUUGGUGUCAGCCCAGAGUUUGAGUUUGCCCUCUACACACUGUGCUUCCUCACGUCACCCAGUGAGCGAGUCAGAGUCUCUUUCAGCCUCUAUGACUUGGAAAUCGUCUGCCACCACUACAAUCAGAAACACAUAGGAACAACUUAUCCUGUCCUUGUGAGAUACUAGAACAUACGCUGAGUUAAAAGGCCUGUUGGGGAUAUCCUCUUCAUAUACAUGGUUAAUGCUGUUAUAUAUUUUUUUC